GGGGCCGCCGCCGCUGGGCAUGUGCCAGGCUGGGCCGCCGCGUGAGCAGCCCGGGAGCGGUACCUUUGUCCGCCCGCCCCGCGCCAACCCGAAGCUUUUUUAAAUUUCCCCCCUCCCACCGUUUCGUCCGUUGCUUCGCCGCCGCUCCCCUGGGCGAGCCCAGGGCCAUGAGCAGCAGCCCCGCGGCUCGGAGCGGCGGGCGGCCCGGAGAGCGCUGAAGGAGCGGGGGGCAGCGGGCGCACUAUGGCCGGCAGCGGCUACACGGACCUGCGGGAGAAGCUGAAGUCCAUGAUGCCUUACCGGGACGGAUCCAAGGGGCCGCGGGAGCCCCCCGAGCCCCCCUAUGAGCGUAAGCGGCGGUACCACGAGGACUCCAGUUCGGAGCCCAGCGAUUACGAGGAGCAGAAGGAGGAGGAAGAAGCCCGGAAAGUGAAAAGCGGCAUUCGUCAGCUUCGCCUCUUCAGCGCCGAGGAGUGCGCCAAGAUCGAAGCUCGCAUUGACGACGUGGUGUCCAGGGCUGAGAAAGGGCUCUACAAAGAGCACACGGUGGAUCGAGCCCCGCUGCGGAACAAGUAUUUUUUUGGGGAGGGUUACACCUACGGGUCUCAGCUGCAGAGGAGAGGCCCCGGGCAGGAGCGCCUGUACCCACGUGGGGAGGUGGAUGCCAUCCCCGAGUGGGUGCACGACCUGGUGAUCAGGAAGCUGGUGGAGCACCGGGUGAUCCCCGAGGGCUUUGUGAACAGUGCCGUGAUCAACGACUAUCAGCCCGGGGGCUGUAUUGUCUCCCACGUGGACCCCAUCCAUAUCUUCGAGCGGCCCAUCGUCUCCGUGUCGUUCUUCAGCGAUUCGGCGCUCUGCUUUGGGUGUAAGUUCCAGUUCAAACCCAUCCGGGUGUCGGAGCCCGUGCUGUUCCUGCCGGUGAAGAGAGGAAGCGUCACGGUGCUCAGUGGAUACGCAGCCGACGAAAUUACACACUGUAUUCGACCACAGGACAUCAAGGAGAGGAGAGCUGUCAUCAUUCUUCGAAAAACAAGACUAGAUGCCCCUCGAUUGGAAACAAAAUCGCUGAGUAGCUCUGUGUUGCCACCAGGUUACACCUCUGACCGCCUGUCAGGAAGCAACAGGGACCAGAUCCUGAAACCAAAGCGGUCCCAUCGCAAAGCGGAUCCCGACGCUGCUCACAGGCCACGGAUUCUAGAAAUGGAUAAAGAGGAGAACAGGCGCUCAGUCCUCUUACCAAAACAUAGGAGACGGAGCAACUUCAGCUCUGAGAACUAUUGGCGAAGGUCUUACGAGUACACGGAGGACUGUGACGAGGAGGAGGAGGAUGGCAGCCCAGCCAGGAAAGUUAAAAUGAGGCGACACUGAGGAAUGCACUUUCCAGGCUUGUGGAGCUGAUGAGAUUGGCCUCUAGUCUGUGACAACUUUCUCCUCCCUCUGGCUAUUUUCCAUCUAGCUUCAGUUUUGGUUUUUCCUUUCAGGCUGAAGAGUAAACAGGAAGGAUCUAGUGAUUUGUUUUUAUGAAUGGAGGAAUGCUGAGACAUAUGUUAGGAUGGAACAUGUCCAGUGCACAUGGUGUCCUGAGUCAUGGGUCAAACGGGCAUCUCUACCAUAGGAAGCAGAUAAAGUUAUGCCAGGCUGUCUGUUGGGAUUCCUUUGAAAACACCAAAAAGUUUAACUAUUUCAUUGCGCAAGAUUCAAGAAUUGUAUUUUGUUUUGUUGGUUUUUUUUUUUUGCUUUAACUUUCUUCUUUUCAAAUGUUCUAAAUAUGAUGUUGUUAGACCCCAGGAGCUGCAAUUCUCCGUGGUCGCCUCGUAUUCCUUGCUUCACCAAAGGGCUCCUCGGUCUGCUUAUACCUAGUUGUUGUUGGGUUGUGUUUUAAGGGUGUGCCCUGCAGUAACUGGAAGUUUGAAGCUUUGCAGACUCCUUUUGCUGCAUUGAUUACAAAGGGUUUAGGACAUUUGUGUUGCACUUUAGUACCAGUUUUAAAUGCCGUAGAUUUCCUUUCUAGUCCCUUUUCCCAAGCCAGCUUGGGCUCACAGCCUUGUGUCCCUGUGCUGCCCUCUCCAAGAAGAAUGUACUUAAGCUCUGGUUUCUCAGUGCUAUUCUGACCAGUGAUCUAUUUUAGCUGAGGAUGGAGUCAUGGCUGGCUUCACUGAAGUUGGUCCAGCGCUGACCUGAGGUCCAUAUUGGAGCCUUAGGAGUGCUUGCCUUGGGACUCCCUGAGAAGAGCUGGGAUGCUGCUGGGUGUGAGGGGGCCCUGUCUUGCCCCAAGGGAUGUUCAUCAGCUAUCACUGCAGCAGUGGUCUGAUGCCCUCUUGUUUCUGUGCAUGUUCUGGGGCAGGGACUCAGCCCCAGGAGGUGCUGAGAGGCAUCGGACGUUCCACCCCGUGGAGGUAACGUUAGAAGUCUGCCUUCUUCCUCGUCUUUUCCCACCAGUUUGUGUUUGCCCUGCCUGAAGUCUGUGUUUUCCAGGUUCGGGGCUCAACACCAUAUUUAGAACCCUACUUUUAAGAAACUUUCUCCAAGUGAUUCUUUGAACCCAAGUGUUGGCCGUUGUAAGGAGUAGUCUUAUUUUUAAAUUUUUACUGCUUUGUCCUUCCUCAAAUUGUAGUUUUUCUUAGUGUUGUGUCCCCCACUCUACAUGAUCUGCACGUUUGGCAAUAAAAAAGAUGUAAUAUAUUUUGAAACCCGUUUGCUGCUGUCUUGAGGAGCUACCAGUCAAAAAACAGGGGCUGUUCCUUAGUGAUCAAGCAUGUUUGCUGACAUCUGGGUCUCGUUGUCCUUUUCCUUCCCUGCUGCCUUCUGCAGCUCCCACCACUUGCCUGUCCUUGGGCUCACUGCUGAGGCUGAAUCUAGCAGUCACACUAGUGCAAAGGAAAUUGCUGUCACCUUCAGCACGGCACUGAGCUGCAGGAGGUUUUGUAGGUGAGGCUCCUACUGCCUGUCUCUGCUUCUCUUGAUCUGGUCGCUUUCCUGGUGAGAGCUCUCAUUGGCUCAGUGCGGAGCUUUGAGAGCAGCCUCAUGGCCAGCCUUCGAAGGCACCUACCUGUCUUGUCUGCCCAGAGCUCUGGAAGUUCAUGCUUCUGGGACUUCUGAAAGGCCAUUAUCAGUCCACACUCAGCAUUUGAAGCGGCAUUCCUCCCCCUCCUAGCUUGCUGCUGAGAAUCCAGGCCAUCUCUUGGCUACAAACCCCGUGUUUUGGAAAGCUCGGCAUUCCCCAACAGCAAAACAGCAUGCAGGGAGCAGUGAUCUCUUCUCCUCCUUAUGGCUGGCGUCUGCAAACAUCUCUGGCAAGCUGGAAACCUGCUAGUUUCCUAGGGAUGCCUGGGGUGGCUGUUUCUAAUUCUGGAUUCGCUCUGGAUGUGCCCUAUUCCCUCCAAGGGCAUUAGGCUGUGCUGCUUUGUGCUGCUGGCAGUGGCAGGGCAGAGCCACCUGUGCUCCCUUGCUGGAGGUCUCUGCUCUGCACGGCCUGCUCUCCCCCCUCUCCCAGUUUUAUGCCUACCUCUGCAAUAUGGAUACUGUACUCUGGUGUCUCAACUCACAGUGAAGGCAACCUGCCUUCCCGGGGCCUCUCCCUGAAGCAGCAGGAGCACUGUGACUCCCGUGGGACAAGAUAUUUCCACUGAAGGCUGAACAAAGCACCCUGAGGUCUUACCUCCUAGCCUGGUACCGUCACCUCAUCCCAGUCCUCAUGCAGUCUGUACGUGUGCAGGCAUCCUUCUUGUCCCAUUGGGUUUUGUAUUCCUGCAUGCCACCUCUGGGAGGUCUGCCCUCCUUUUCCCCAUCCCAGGUCUGUGCUUUGGGUCUGAGCUGGCGGCCAUUGCUGGAGCCGCUCUCCUGCUGCCCUCCACUCCAUUUUGCUUUUAGUUUUCAAGCUGACUGCUUGGGACUUGACACUUGGGCGAGAGUGGGACACAACCAGUCUGACCCAGAGGAUCUCUUGGGUGAGAGUCUCCAGCGUGCAGGCAGGCCAUCUUCCCCACUUGUACAGACAUUUUAUAUACACACGGAUGUAUAUGUGUAGAUACACGUUUUUUUAACUCUUUUGCACUGAACAACAUCGGGGUAAAACCUUGAUUCGAAACAAGAAGACACAUUUUUCACAUGGAUCCAGAUGUCUAGAUCCCUUACUGUGACCUGUUUGGUAAAACUGUGGCUCAAAACACUGCUGGUGCCCGUACCUGUUCUCUGUCGUGGCUGUGUGAAGGCUUUGAUCAGACCAGCGGAGUGAGUCUGGUAUGGAGAUGGGCUUGUGUGCAGGCCUGACCAGGUCAGCUUCUUUGUCUUCAUGUAGUUCAGCAAUGCAGUCCCACCUCCUCUCCAUCCACCUGUAGCGUGCCGUCUGUGUAACGUGCUCACCCGUGCCUGGGCAUAAGGCUAUGUACGAUGUGAUGACCCCACGAACACUCAGACCCACAGCCCAGACCAUGAGAACUGUCUUUCCUAAGGAAGGGGGAGGUAGAUGGGAGUUGUCCCCGCUUUUCUGCAGAGGGAGGAAUUUGGGUUUGCUGCCCUUACCUGCAUGUGGAGAAGACUCGCCGAUCCAACUAAGGCUCUUGUGUUGGUUGUGUAGGCUCCACUUGUCCUCUGGAAGAGAACCCAGGGCUGUUUGCUGGCGAUGAGAGGUGAGCUGGCCCAGGGAGGGGCUGUCAGUCCUGCGAGCAGCUCCCAGCCUGGUGGAGGCUGCCAGCUGUGACUUCCACCUCCCUGCAGCAUGUAGGCAGCAGGGAAGCCCCAGUUUCCACAUCUAGCCCUGAACUCAGGGCUGGGACACCACCAGCCGCUUAUGCUGGCUCCAGAGAUGUCCCAGCCCAAACUCGUGGCUGGGAACAGCCUGGGAGGGGGGCUCGGAGCAUGGCCAUGGGGUCUGGCCCCCCAUCCAGCGGCGAAUUGUGUUUUGUUUGCCAAUCGCCUUCCUUUUCCUGGCGAGGAGGAGAAAUACUGAGCCGAGAAGCGCAUCUCUGCUCCUUCCUGCCCCCCCUGCCCACACUUACAAGUUCUGGCUGACUUUAAUUUUGUUUUAUAAGAUUCUAACUUUUUUGGUUACAAAUAAAAAUUAAAAAAAAAAAGUAAAAAAAAUAAAAAAGAAAGUGGCAAUAUUUUUUUCUGUAAGCUUUUCCUAGGAAAAAGCGUGGUUUGUAACAAAGUUGUACAGUUCUGAAGUUUGAGAUACGAGAAGUACUGUGUGAAACGCUGUAAAUGGGGCAGAGAUUAUUUUAUGUACAGUCUGACGCAGGGGGAUACUUUUAAUUCUGGUUGAUUCUUAGGAAGAAUUUGGUUCUUCACUGUCAGGGUUUGGAAUUUCAUGGUUUCAUUAUUUUUUUUUUCUUGUAUAGAUUGCUGCAUUAAUUGAAUAAAAGCAGAAAGCAUC